AGAGCUGGUUCCCGGGCUGGAGGGCAGGAGCUGGGGCCACGCUGGUCUGGGAUAGUUGGGCAGGGAGGUAAGGGGUCUGGGGCCAGCUGGGGCCCCUGGGGCUCAGUGUGUGUGUGAAUGAGAGGCUGAUGAGAGGCUGCAGGAGUUUGGGAGGCUUUGGGCAAAGUCCAAGCUGAGCAGGUGGGAGUGAGAGGGCCUGAGCGUGGUCUAGGCCCUCCUGGGAAUGUCGAUUGAAUUCAGGGUGCCCUGCAGAAGAAAGUGUUGUGCUGGGGACCCUGAAGGGCGAGAGUGGGUUCUGCCUGCCAGAGGGGCAGGGUUGGGCAUUCUGCCAGCCAAGGGGCCAGCCUGAGGUGUCCCAGCCCUGGCACCAGGGAUUUGGCUGUGGAGUGCCACCAAGGUGGCCUCUGGGGAAAGGCUUUGGGGACAAGUGAGGUGGACAGCACUGGUGGUCCUUACCUCAACUCAUAGAUGUGACAGGUUGUCUACCUGGUCUCCAGAAUGGACGGCCCUGUGGCAGAGCGUGCCAAGCAGGAGCCCUUUCACGUGGUCACACCUCUGUUGGAGAGCUGGGCGCUGUCCCAGGUGGCGGGCAUGCCUGUCUUCCUCAAGUGUGAGAAUGUGCAGCCCAGCGGCUCCUUCAAGAUUCGGGGCAUUGGGCAUUUCUGCCAGGAGAUGGCCAAGAAGGGAUGCAGACACCUGGUGUGCUCCUCAGGGGGUAAUGCGGGCAUCGCUGCUGCCUAUGCUGCUAGGAAGCUGGGCAUUCCUGCCACCAUCGUGCUCCCUGAGAGCACCUCCCUGCAGGUGGUGCGGAGGCUGCAGGGGGAGGGGGCCGAGGUUCAGCUGACUGGAAAGGUCUGGGACGAGGCCAAUCUGAGGGCGCAAGAGUUGGCCAAGAGGGACGGCUGGGAGAAUGUCCCCCCGUUUGACCACCCCCUAAUAUGGAAAGGCCACGCCAGCCUGGUGCAGGAGCUGAAAGCAGUGCUGAGGACCCCACCAGGUGCCCUGGUGCUGGCAGUCGGGGGUGGGGGUCUCCUGGCCGGGGUGGUGGCUGGCCUGCUGGAGGUGGGCUGGCAGCAUGUACCCAUCAUUGCCAUGGAGACCCAUGGGGCACACUGCUUCAAUGCGGCCAUCACAGCCGGCAAGCUGGUCACACUUCCAGACAUCACCAGCGUGGCCAAGAGCCUGGGUGCCAAGACGGUGGCCGCUCGGGCCCUGGAGUGCAUGCAGGUGUGCAAGAUUCACUCUGAAGUGGUGGAGGACGCCGAGGCUGUGAGCGCUGUGCAACAGCUCCUGGAUGAUGAGCGUAUGCUGGUGGAGCCUGCCUGUGGGGCGGCCUUAGCAGCCAUCUACUCAGGCCUCCUGCGGAGGCUCCAGGCCGAGGGCUGCCUGCCCCCUUCCCUGACUUCAGUUGUGGUAAUCGUGUGUGGAGGCAACAACAUCAACAGCCGAGAGCUGCAGGCUUUGAAAACCCACCUGGGCCAGGUCUGAGGGGUCCCAUCCUGGCCCCAAAGACCCCUGAGAGGCCCAUGGACAGUCCUGUGUCUGGAUGAGGAGGACUCAGUGCUGGCGGAUGGCAGUGGAAGCUGCCCUGUGCAACUGUGCUGGCUGCCUCCUGAAGGAAGCCCUCCUGGACUGCUUCUUUUGGCUCUCCAACAACUCCGGCCAAUAAACACUUUCUGAAUUGAA